CCUCAGUUCCUUUUAGAUGAUUGCUUUGAAAAUGGUAUACCCUGCCGUAUAUUUUGUACUCAACCAAGACGAUUAGCAGCUAUUGCUGUGGCCGAAAGAGUUGCUGCAGAGAGGAAAGAAAAGAUUGGGCAAACAAUUGGUUACCAGAUCCGAUUAGAAAGCAGGGUUUCUCCAAAGACACUUCUGACAUUUUGCACUAAUGGGGUAUUGCUUCGUACAUUGAUGGCAGGAGACAGUACAUUGUCAACUGUGACACAUGUUAUUAUGGAUGAAGUACAUGAAAGGGAUCGAUUUAGCGAUGUUUUACUUACAAAGUUAAGAGAUCUGUUGCAAAAGCACCCAACUUUGAAACUAAUUCUUUCUAGUGCUGCGUUGGAUAUAAAUCUUUUUACAAGAUAUUUUGGAAGUUGUCCAGUAAUAUAUAUACAGGGAAUACCCUUUGAAGUAAAAGAAAUGUUUCUGGAAGACAUUUUAAGAACUACUGGAUACACAAACAAAGAAAUGUUAAAAUACAAAAAGGAAAAACAGAGAGAAGAGAAACAACAAACCACCCUUACGGAAUGGUAUUCAGCUCAAGAGAAUACUUUCAAGCCUGAGUCUCAAAGGCGGAGAACUGUUCCAAGUGUGACUGCAGAGUAUGAUUUAUUAGAUGAUGGCGGUGAUACUGUCUUCAGUCAGCUGACAGAAAAAGAUGUGAACUGCCUUGAACCAUGGUUAAUAAAGGAAAUGGAUGCUUGUCUUUCUGACAUAUGGCUACAUAAAGAUGUUGAUGCCUUUGCUCAGGUCUUUCACCUUAUUUUAACUGAAAAUGUUAGUGUUGAUUACAGACAUAGUGAAACCAGUGCAACAGCUCUGAUGGUUGCUGCAGGACGAGGUUUUUCAAGUCAAGUAGAGCAGUUAAUUAGUAUGGGAGCCAAUGUCCACAGUAAAGCAUCAAAUGGCUGGAUGGCUUUAGAUUGGGCUAAACACUUUGGGCAGACUGAAGUUGUGGAUCUUUUGGAAUCUUACAGUGCUUCAUUGGAAUUUGGAAAUCUAGAUGAAAGUUCUCUGGUUCAAUCAAAUGAAAGUGACCUCAGUGCUGAAGACAGAGAGCUCCUGAAAACUUAUCAUCACAGUUUUGAUGAUGAAAAAGUAGACUUGGAUUUGAUCAUGCAUCUUCUAUACAAUAUCUGCCAUAGUUGUGAUGCUGGUGCAAUAUUAAUUUUUCUACCUGGAUAUGAUGAAAUUGUUGGAUUGAGGGAUCGAAUCCUGUUUGAUGAUAAGCGGUUUGCUGACAAUGCACACAGAUAUCAAGUCUUUCUGCUUCAUUCAAAUAUGCAAACAUCUGAUCAAAAGAAGAUUUUAAAAAGCCCACCUGCAGGUGUUCGAAAAAUAAUCCUUUCCACCAAUAUUGCUGAAACCAGUAUCACAGUCAAUGAUGUUGUCUUUGUCAUUGAUUCUGGUAAGGUGAAAGAGAAAUCCUUUGAUGCACUGAACUUGGUUACAAUGUUAAAAAUGGUGUGGAUUUCCAAAGCUAGUGCCAUACAGCGUAAAGGCAGGGCAGGGCGAUGUAGACCUGGAAUUUGUUUCCGGCUGUUCAGUAGACUCCGAUUUCAGAAUAUGUUGGAAUUUCAGACUCCAGAACUUUUGAGAAUGCCAUUACAGGAACUUUGUUUACAUACCAAGCUGUUAGCUCCAGUUAAUUGUCCUAUUGCUGAUUUCCUUAUGAAAGCUCCUGAACCUCCACCAGCUUUAAUUGUAAGAAAUGCUGUACAAAUGCUUAAGAAAAUAGAUGCAAUGGAUGCAUGGGAAGAUCUCACUGAACUCGGGUAUCAUUUGGCUGACUUGCCAGUAGAACCACAUCUUGGUAAAAUGGUGCUGUGUGCUGUUGUUUUAAAGUGUCUGGACCCCAUCCUUACAAUUGCCUGCACGCUAGCCUAUCGAGAUCCUUUUGUACUGCCAGCACAGGCCUCUCAAAAAUGUGCAGCUAUGCUUUGUAGGAAACGAUUCACUGCAGGAACUUUCAGUGACCAUAUGGCACUUCUAAGAGCAUUUCAGGCAUGGCAGAAAGCACGAAGUGAUGGAUGGGAGCGAGCCUUUUGUGAAAAGAACUUUCUUUCACAAGCUACCAUGGAAAUAAUCAUAGGCAUGAGAACUCACUUGCUUGGUCAACUUAGAGCAUCAGGUUUUGUUAGAGCACGAGGUGGUGGUAACAUUCGAGAUGUUAACACAAAUUCUGAGAACUGGGCUGUUGUUAAAGCUGCAUUGGUUGCAGGCAUGUAUCCUAAUUUAAUCCACGUGGACAGAGAUAAUGUAGUAUUGACAGGGCCAAAGGAGAAGAAAGUACGGUUUCAUCCCACUUCAGUACUCAGUCAGCCUCAGUACAAAAAGAUUCCUCCAGCCAAUGGUCAAGCUGCAGCAAUUCAGGCACUACCUACAGAUUGGCUUAUUUAUGAUGAAAUGACCAGAGCCCACAGAAUAGCUAAUAUUCGAUGUUGUUCGGCAGUGACACCUGUUACUGUCUUGGUAUUUGGUGGACCAGCUAGGUUGGCGAGUAAUGCUCUUCAGGAACCUUCAUCCUUUCGAGCGGCUGGUAUUCCCAAUGACAGUAGUGACAGUGAAAUGGAAGACACAACUACUGCUAAUUUGGCGGCUUUGAAACUCGAUGAGUGGCUCAAUUUCAAACUAGAGCCUGAGGUAGCUAGUUUAUUGCUGCAGCUCAGACAGAAGUGGCACAGCUUAUUUUUACGCCGAAUAAAAGCUCCAUCUAAACCGUGGACUCAAGUUGAUGAAGCUAUCAUAAGAGCAAUUAUAGCUGUUUUAAGCACUGAAGAACAGUCUGCAGGUUUACAACAACCAUCUGGGAUUGGUCAAAGGCCAAGGCCUAUGUCUUCAGAAGAACUUCCUUUGACAUCAUCCUGGAGGCCGAAUAAUAGUAGGAAAAGUUCAGCAGAUGCUGAAUUUUCUGAGGAGUCUGCUACUGCUGAAAGAGUAUUGAUGAAAUCUCCAUCCCCAGCCAUACACCUACCUCAGAAGUGCAAAGAUAGAGGAAUUUUACAUCCUAAACGAAGCACUGAUGACCGAUCAGAUCAAUAUUCUGUGAAAUCUACAGACAGCAGUAGUUACCCAAGUCCGUGUGCUAGUCCUUCUCCUCCAUCCCCAGGAAAGGGCUCAAAAUCUCCUUCACCAAGACCAAACAUGCCUAUUCGAUACUUCAUAAUGAAGAGUAGCAAUCUGAGAAACCUUGAAAUUUCUCAACAGAAGGGUAUCUGGUCUACAACCCCUAAUAAUGAACGGAAGCUAAAUCGAGCCUUUUUGGAAAGCAGCAUGGUUUACUUGGUAUUUUCUGUUCAAGGAUCUGGACAUUUUCAGGGAUUUUCUAGGAUGUCUUCUGAGAUAGGAAAGGAGAAGAGCCAGGACUGGGGCUCUGCUGGACUAGGAGGAGUGUUUAAGGUGGAGUGGAUACAGAAAGAAAGUCUUCCUUUUCAGUUUACACACCAUUUACUCAAUCCUUGGAAUGACAACAAGAAAGUCCAGAUCAGCAGAGACGGGCAGGAGCUGGAACCUCAGGUUGGUGAACAGUUGCUCCAGUUAUGGGAACGCCUUCCACUGGGAGAAAAAAGCACAACUGAUUGACACUCAGAACUCUUAGCUAUGGAAGACCAUCAUACUUAUAACCACUGAGUGCACUGACUUUCAAAAACUGAGAUGGGGUUGUGUGUUAUGAAAGGUCUUUCAAAUACCCCGAAACACCACAAUUCUAAAUGCCUCUUUAUUUUUCUAGUACUUUUUAUCCCAUAUCUGUUUGGGGGUAUGAGUUCACUUUUUUUUUGCACUUCUAGUUUAAUAAAUGAGGAGGAAUUUAUUGUGAACCCAUGUUAGUGCCAAUUUCUUUGCUUCUCAAAAGUAUUUGAUCUUUUUACCAUCAUUGUCUGUAAAGUUUCCUUAGAGUAUUUUUUAAGGGAAAUAGAAGUACAGGGAAAAAUGAGAAACAUAUCUUGGUUACUGAGUUCUAAAUAGAACAGAUUUUUGAUAGCACUUUUUUAUGAUUUAUUUGGGUCAUUGCUAUGUAACAGAAAACCAACAUAAGUCUAAUUCAAAGGCAAAAAGAAAAGACCAAGUCACUAUUUCUUUGUUGAAGAAGAAAGGAGUAAAAAUCAUGGGUCUACAUAAAAUCUUGACAUCCCUUCUACUUUCUCUUGGAAAGCAUUAUGUGUUGGUGCAUUAGCUUAGAACAUCAGCCAUGAUUUUUGCUUGAAUUUGUAGUUAUUGUGGG